CCAACUAAUCAAACAUUAUAAUGCAAUGUGUUAUUAAAUCCUUUAUAUCAAAUCUUUGCUCUUCACCACUUGUUCUUGUUCUGUUUCCAGGAAGAAAAAGAAGAAAGAAAUAAUAAUAGGAAGAAGGAUUCCAGGAUUUUCCUUCUAAUGGGUUCUUUUGUUUCUAAACAGAUGGAGCGGCGGAAAGCUAUCCGCACAGAGAAGAAAGUUUUAUGUGAUCUUUGUGAAAGUUGUGGUGUUGACUUUCCAGGGUGUGAUUAUCACCCUCCAGAUAGAAAGAAUUGGAUGGCGGGUCUGAAUCCUGAGAAAGUUCAUAUAAACAAGAUUGUGUGGCCUGGAACUCAUGAUUCUGCCACCAAUAAGAUUGGAACUCCAUGCAUAUCUCGACCUUUUGCUCAAUGCCAGUCCCUGUCAAUCUAUCAUCAGCUUGUGCGGGGCACCCGUGUUCUGGAUAUUCGGAUUCAGGAGAAUCGUCGGGUCUGUCAUGGGAUCCUGGCAACUUACAGUGUUGAUGUCGUGAUCAAGGACAUCAAGAAGUUUUUAUCAGAGACCGAAUCAGAGAUUAUAAUCCUGGAGAUCCGGACAGAAUUCGGACAAAAGGAUCCUCCAGAUUUUGACAAGUACUUGGUGGAGCAACUUGGAGACGUUCUAGUCCACCAGGAUGAUCAUGUUUUUGGUAAAACGAUUGCAGAAUUGUUGCCAAAGAGAGUGAUUUGUAUAUGGAAGCCGAGGCAGUCACCUCAGCCGAAUGCAGGAGGACCUUUGUGGAGUUCCAGGCACAUGAAGGAUAAUUGGACUGACACUGACUUGCCAUCAACAAAAUUCGAGAACAAUUUGAAGCAUUUGAGUGAGCAGCCUCCAGUUUCAUCAAGGAAAUUCUUUUACAGGGUGGAGAACACUGUUACACCGCAGGCAGAUAACCCAAUAUUGUGUGUUAGGCCAGUAACAAGGAGGAUUCAUGGAUAUGCCAGGCUGUUUAUAACUCAAUGCUUCUCCAAGGGAUGCGUGGAUCGGUUGCAGAUCUUCUCUACAGAUUUCAUUGAUGAGGAUUUUGUUGAUGCAUGUGUUGGACUCACAUAUGCCAGGAUUGAAGGGAAGGCUUAAUAAAUCUAUGUUUCUGGAUUAUUUAUUCUGCUGGUUAUCACAAAUUUUUCUACCAUAUAUUCACUUGUUUGUUUGUGUGUUAAUAUGUUUUUGAUGGAUGAUGUACAAAGGGUUGUGAGUGAUUAUUGCUCGUUGCAGAAACUUUUAGUUUUGAUAUUUCCCGAUUCUUUUUCCAAUUUUUUCCCUUUCAACUUGGAUUAAUAGAAAUUCCUCAACUGCUGGUGUUUGAA